UGGGUUGCGCCUCUAGCCAGGAGGAGCGUCUCGUCGUGAGUCGGCUCCGCGGAGAGCAGCCGAGGCAGAGAGGCGCCCCGUCCCGGGGCUCAUCGGAUGGAAGCGCAGGACGUUCCAGGCGGGCUCCGGUCCCGGGUGUUGCUGCCUCGACGCCUAGGGCUGGCUCCUCACGGUUGUUGCUGGGCGCUACCUACCGCCGUGCUGUGCCUCUACGGCUUCUUCGCCAACUUGCGUCCUUCGGAGCCCUUUCUGACCCCUUACCUGUUGGGCCCGGACAAGAAUCUCACCGAGACUCAGGUCUUCAAUGAGAUUUAUCCGGUAUGGACUUACUCUUAUUUGGUGCUGCUAUUCCCUGUCUUCCUGGCAACAGACUAUCUCAGAUACAAGCCUGUCAUUCUCCUGCAAGGACUCAGCCUUAUAGUGACAUGGUUUAUGCUGCUCUAUGCCAAAGGACUGCUGGCUAUUCAGUUCCUGGAAUUCUUCUACGGAGUGGUGACCGCAACAGAGAUUGCCUAUUACUCCUACAUCUAUAGCAUUGUGGACCUGGCCUUGUACCAGAAGGUCACCAGCUACUGUCGAAGUGCCGCCCUUGUAGGUUAUACAGUGGGCUCUGUCUCGGGACAAGUCCUCGUGUCUGUCGCUGGCUGGUCUCUGUUCAGUUUGAAUGUGGUGUCUCUCACCUCCGUAUCUGUUGCCUUUGCCAUGGCUUGGUUUCUGCCCAUGCCGCACAAAAGCCUUUUCUUUCACCAUCUGUCAAGCACCCAGGUCAGUAAGGAAACGAAGGUUGUAGAGUGUAAAAACGGAGCAGUCGUCCGGGAUGAUCCUGCCUUAAAGAGGGUUCCUGGGUGGGAAGAUGUUGAAUCGAAGGUUCCCCUAAAUGUAGAAGAGCAUCCUGCAGAGCAGCAGGGAGAACCAGAGGCAUUGCUGUGUGGCAGUCGUCACUCCUCGAAUAAAUGGAAGGGCCAAAAAAUGGACAUAAUCAAGGUUAUCAAAGAGCUCUGGAAGGACUUCCUGCAAUGUUACUCUUCACAGCCUCUCCUCUGCUGGUCCGUGUGGUGGGCUCUGUCGACUUGUGGCUACUUUCAGGUCAUCAACUACACUCAAGGCUUGUGGGAACUGGUGCAGCCUUCUCGGAGCUCUGAGAUCUAUAACGGAGGCGUAGAGGCUGUUUCUACACUGUUGGGAGCUGUGGCUGUCUUUGUGGUGGGACACAUAAAAACAUCUUGGGCUACUUGGGGUGAGAUAGCCUUAGCAUUGUUCUCCCUCUUCAUUGCUGCUUCUGUUUAUGUCAUGGACACAGUCCGAAACAUCUGGGUGUGCUAUGCUUCCUACGUAAUAUUCCGGAUUAUCUAUAUGCUGCUCAUCACUAUUGCAACGUUCCAGAUUGCUACAAAUUUAAGUGUUGAGCGCUAUGCCCUGGUAUUCGGUAUCAAUACUUUCAUUGCCCUGGUGCUGCAGACUCUGCUCACGUUCAUUGUUGUCGAUUCGAAAGGUCUGGGGCUGGACAUAUUUACACAGUUCAUGAUCUAUGCUGGUUACUUUGCUGUCAUCUCAGCUGUGUUCUUGAUCAGUGGCACGUGCAAUAUUAUCAGGAAUUACCGGAGACAAGAAGAGGAGACAGAUGAAGCUGUGGCAAGCAUCGCUUAGAAUGCAGAAUAUGGACUUUGCAUCUGUGUUGCAACGAAGGAAGGGGGCUGUGUUUUAAAUAUGUUGGUUUCUAUUUAUUAUUGUAUUCAAAUGCUGUUACCUGAAUUGUACUUGACCUAUAGUCGUACUAUAUGAAUGGUGCAAUCUAGAAGAAGAAUGUCUUUUUAUAAUAUCUCAUGUAAGAAUGGUUAUAUAUAACACCGUCCUCAAACAAAACUUGGGUGGUCAGGGCUACAUAUCUGAGCAAUCCAAAGUACUGUUGGUUGUCCUCUUGCCUCCUGAGAUCUGCUAGCCACGAUGUGAGCCUUGGAAAGUGGAUGUGUUUAACUCGCCCAGUCCAUGUUGAAUCCAUGAAACUGGUAGGCACGAUCUUGGAUGCACCAAGACUGUGGGUUGAUAGCGAAGAGUUGCAAAAAGAUUCUUGUUAGUUAAGGUUAGAGAUUUUUUAUUUAUUUAUUUUUGGGAUUUGUAUUCCACCCUCCCCAAACAGGCUCAGGGCGGAUCACAACAAAUCGAGUCAAAGACUCAUUACGAUAAAGCCACAUUAAAAUCAUAAAAACAAUAAACAAUGAAAUUGGUAGCAGCAGUAUAAAUCUGUUGGGGCCACAAGGUGGAAUCAGAGGGGUCCUUUCAGCAGGUUUGGAACUAAAGCGGGAAGGCUGGUGGAAAGUGGAAAAAAAGUGGAAAGAACUGUUCAGAGCUGGUAGAAGCAAAUUUUAUUAAGACUAGAUAUAUUUACCAUAUAUACGCACAAACAUUUUUCACAUUGUGAUGUCCUGUGUUGUCUGAGUUUUGCUGCCUGUUUAAAGGUUUACCUUUCUUUUGGUUACCCUUUGUCUAUCAAGCUGAAAUACAGCCAUUAACCUAGUGACCUUGUAACAUUCCUAGUACAUUUUAAUUUGCACAGGAUGGGGCAUAGGGAGCACAAAAAGCAAAAUUGUGUUCAGGCUUGGCUUGAUAACCAAAGUUUCCAGGUUGACUUGACUUGCCCUCAUUUCAGCUCCUCAGAGUCAGGACUCCAUCUCUAAAGUCUUAAUUUUCAUCUGUUGACAGCAAGUUUCACACUGACUCAGAGAAUAAACUGACAGCAAUAUUGUUUUGUGUAACAUGUUCAGACGAAAUCUGCUUCUUAUAUUUGACAACACUGGAUGGGGACGAUGACCCACAUGAUGGUCAUGUUUAGUUUCUCCUCAGUAAACUAGGUAGCUGGGAGUGAUUUUUGUUUGUUGGUUUAGUCUGAACUCCUUGAGGCUUCCCUAGAUGCUUCAAGCCACUUGUAGCCUUUUUCUCCUGAAAAAGGACUAGAUGGUUUUUUAACUGUAGCCUUAACACUUUGUCUAUCCCUUUGUCUAUCCCUCCUUUGUAUGGCAGGGGUUUCACACACAAAGGGCUGUUUGCAUAGUUUGUGUUUGUAGACAGCUUGGAAAGGGGGAUGCUGCUGCUAAAACAUGUUUGCUUCCGCUCCAUUUUAGUUACUUUGGCCACAUUUAUUCUCUAUAAGCUUGCAAGUUAGACAGUUGAAUAUGUCAUGACAAGUUCUUCUGGUCUCCAGAUAUUGACAACUUACCUGGGGUCUGUGUGGUGUUCUUGGCUAGCUGCUGAGGUUUUUAGACCUGGCCACACUAUAGGAUCACUUCAUAUGUUGCCCUGCUUUUGCACAAAAAGCACUUCUAUGUCGGUGAAAUCCACAUGUGAUUGUGAACAUGUAUUCAGCUGUGUGAAUGAAUUUUAGGGAGUGACUACCCAGGUGCUGCCUGGUGUAUGCUCAAGCAGUGGUAUAGGUGUGUGGAACCUCUUAUUAUGGAACCUGUUCAUAGUGGGGGAUGGUAUUUGCUUAUUUAAUGGUCUCCUUGCUAAAUGCCAUCAUAUGAAGAAAAUAGGAAGAAGGGGGAGGCUAUAGUGACCAUUGAUCAGAGCAUGCAGAGUUAUGUCAGUAAACUUUUAUGUGGGUACAGUUUUAAUUGUGAUAAUUGCUAGAUUUGCAGGUACAAGUCUGGUAUGCAUUUGUGAGCUUUAGCUCAGACAUAAUUGUACUAAACAUCUGCCAAAGUACAGCUGCAAACUGGAUUUUAAUUUAGAAUCUGUCCUUGGACUGAGGCAAAGGUUUUGAAGAUUCAGAACGGAGCAUUCUCAGGAGAGAUUUGCACAACUCCCUUCACAUAAUGAUUUGUGUAAUUGCUUUGUAGUGAUGUUCAAUGGGCACUAACUUCCAGGUUACAAGUUGAUAGAAGGCUUCAAUGUAUCUUGGACCGAGCCAAAAUAUCACCCUCCAUCUAAAUCAUGGUAUCUAUAAGGUCCUUGAGGCAAGAAGCUAAGUGUUGAAUGCACCUUUAAUAUCUUCUGAAGAAAAACCCAAAAACAUUAAUAAUAGGGAAGGGUAAGAACCUCCAUCCACUCAUAAACUCAGGGAAAUGAGGGUUGGGUGACCAAAAGCAGAGAUUGAACCUUUAAUCCAGUGGUAAAGAAUAUUUCUUCCUUGCCUUGUCUUUCUCCUGUGGGGGAAUUAGAAAUAACAAUAAAAGCUCAGACUAUAAAACAGUGCUAUUACUUAAAGGCAGACAUCUCAUGAUGACUGCCUUGCCUUAGAACUGCCUUAUAAGUUCACAUGAUCAUGCUAUACUGUAGUAAUCUAGUUUAGUUAAUGUAAGCCUAGAAAUGGUAUGAAGACCUCUUGUGUUGUGCCUAUGAAAAACAAGUAUUAUACUAAUGAAGUACCUUUCAGAUUAGAAAAGGCCGUAGAACUGAAUAUGAAAUGUGCAAAUGGUACUGUUGUGGGUAUGAACU